AUGAUAGGGUGGGGGGACGUGUACAAGGUGGUGUCCGCCAUGGCGCCGCUCUACUUCGCCCUGGGCCUCGGCUACGCCUCGGUGCGGUGGUGGAAGUUCUUCACCCGCGACCAGUGCGACGCCGUGAACCGCCUCGUCAUCUACUUCGCGCUCCCCUUCUUCGCCUUCGACUUCAACGCCCACGCCGGCACCUUCGCCGCAGGGUACCGCGUCCUGGCGGCCGACGCCGUCGCCAAGCUCGUCGUCGUGCUCGCGCUCGGCGGGUGGGUCGCGUACUGCCGCUGGCGGCAUUGGAUCCGUGGCCCCAAGGCACCACCCGCGAGCUCGGCGUGGCCGGGCCCCUCCUGGUCGUGGUGCAUCACCGGCUACUCGCUGGGCACGCUCAACAACGGGCUCUUCGUGGGCGUGCCGCUGCUGGACGCCAUGUACGGCAAGUGGGCGCGCGACAUCGUUUUGCAGCUGUCGGUGCUGCAGGCCGUCGUGUGGCUCCCGCUGCUGCUGGUGGUGUUCGAGGCGAGGCAGGCGUGGCUGGAGGUGACGUCGGCGCCGGCACCCGACGGCGGCGCGCGCGAAGAAGGCGACCAGGCAGCGCUGGGGAGCGACGACGGGGACGGCCGGAAGACGGCGGCGACGGGGUGCGCGUUCUGGGCGCGGCUGCUGCGGACGGUUGGGCUCAAGGUCGGCGGGAACCCGAACGUGUACGCCAGCCUCCUUGGGGUUCUGUGGUCCUCCGUGGCAAACAGGUGGCACCUGGAGAUGCCAGGCAUCGUAGAUGGCUCGAUUUCGAUCAUGUCAAGGACCGGCCUUGGGAUCGGAAUGUUUAACACUGGCCUGUUCAUAGGUCUACAGGACAAGCUCGUCGUGUGCCGGCCUGGACUGACGAUGUUGGGCAUGGCGAUGAGGUUCGUCGCUGCUCCGGCGGCCACCGCGGUCGGAGCGCUACUUUUGGGACUGCGUGGUGACCUUUUGCGUGUUGCCAUCUUACAGGCUGCACUGCCUCAGUCUGUCGGAGCAUUUAUCUUCGCGCUAGAGUAUGACCUGCACGCUGAUGUACUCAGUACCGUGGUAAUAGUCGGCACGCUGGCUUCGCUGCCUGUGAUAAUCACAUAUUAUAUUGUUUUAGGGCUCUUGUGA